AUGUUAGAUGAUGAAAAUGUGCAAAAUUUGUGGGAAAGUGAAACGAAGUUUGAUUUAGUGAUUGUUGAACAAUUUAACAGUGAUUGUGCUUUAGCAUUAGCAUAUAGAUUAAAAGCACCAGUAAUUGGUAUUAGCUCUCAUAUGAUUUUACCAUGGCACUACAAUAGAUAUGGUAUAAUAUACAAUCCCUCAUAUUCUUUAUUUGAUUUCAUCGAGGGUGGAACUAACCCUACAUAUUUACAACGGUUAAAAAGAAGUUUUUUACACAACUAUGUCAAUAUUGUUAAUAGAUACAUUACACAAAGAUUGGAGAAUAACAUUGUACAGGAAUAUUUUGGAAAUUUACCUCCACUACACGAAUUAGGAUUGGACAUUAAGUUGAUAUUAGUGUAUCAAAACUUUAUUUUCACCGGAUCUUCGAUAUUACCCCCAAAUGUUAUAGACGUUGGUGGCUAUCAUGUUAAGAAACCCAAAGAACUUUCUGGCGAAUUGCUAAAAUUUAUCGAGGAAUCCGAACAUGGAGUUAUUUACAUAAGUUUUGGAACAAUACUAAAACCAUCAUCAAUAAAACCAGAAAAAUUAAACAGCAUACUUGAGGCACUAGAGGAAUUACCACAACGAGUUAUCUGGAAAUGGAAUAAAAAGACUUUACCGGGAAAUCCAAAGAAUAUCUAUUUAUCAAAAUGGUUGCCACAAAACGAUAUUUUAGCUCAUCCAAAAACUGUAGCAUUCUUUUCACACUGUGGACUCUUGGGAACUACGGAAGCUAUCUUCCACGGAGUCCCCAUAAUCGGUUUACCAAUUUUUGGUGACCAGCCUAGUAACGCCGCAGCUAUUGAAGAAAGUGGACUAGGCGUUAAAAUCACGUUAAAUCUACUGAACAAAGACAAUCUUCUCAAGAAAUUGAGGACCGUUUUACACCCAGAGAGAGGACACAAUGUUACCGUGAUUUCGCACUUCCCGGAGGUCAAUCCACCGAAGAACUAUCAUGACAUCAGUUUAGCUGGGAGUAUGAAAGAAAUAGAAGAUGGAUUACCUUUUCACAGAUCAUAUUUAACUAUUCUUGCCACAGCUCUUUAUCUUACAAAAUUUGGAACAGAGAACUGUAGGGUUAUGUUAGAAAAUGAAAGGGUUCGUAAACUUAUAAAGGAGAAACCUAAGUUUGAUGUAAUUGUGUUAGAACAAUUUAACAGUGAUUGUUCUUUGGGUAUAGCGUACAAAUUGGGUGCUCCAGUUGUUGGCACUACAUCUCAUGUUUUAAUGCCGUGGCAUUAUAAUAGAUUAGGUAUCCCGAACAAUCCCUCAUACGUCUCCUUCCAUUUUUUGGAAGGUGGAACUAAGCCCACACUGUUCCAAAGAAUAGAGAGAUUUAUUUUUAAUUUAUACUUUAACACUGUAUACUACUAUACAUCUCAAAGAGUAGAUCAACAAACACUUGCGCAAUAUUAUGAUGAUAUACCUCCCCUUGAAGAAUUGGGUCGAGAAAUGAAGUUUUUAAUGUUAUACCAUAACUUUAUCCUAACCGGAUCAAGACUGUUUCCAUCAAAUGUUAUCGAAAUAGGCGGUUACCAUGUUAAAAAGGCAAAACCCUUGACUGGGGAUUUAUUAAAAUUUGUAGAAGAAGCAGAACAUGGUGUGAUAUUUGUUAGUUUCGGAUCAGUCGUAAAAAGUUCGACGAUGCCUGCCGAUAAAUUGAAUGCUGUAUUAGGAGCUAUGGCAGAACUGCCACAAAGAUUCAUCUGGAAAUGGGAGACAGAUGUUGUACUUCUGGAUAAAAAGAAGCUUUACGUCUCAAGUUGGUUACCACAGGUUGACAUAUUAGGCCAUCCAAAAACAUUGGCAUUCUUAUCUCAUGCUGGCAUGGGUGGGACAACUGAAGCUAUACAUUUUGGAGUGCCAAUGGUAGCGAUGCCUGUCGUUGGUGACCAACCAUCUAACGCAGCAGCAGUGGAAGAAAGUGGCCUAGGUGUGACAUUACAGAUACGUGAUCUCACUAAAGAAAAUCUGUUGGCUGCUUUCAAAAAAGUCUUAGAUCCCAAAUUCCGUGAAAACGUCAAAACUAUAUCUAAAGCAUGGCACGAUCGUCCUCUAUCGCCUCUAGACACUGCUGUAUAUUGGACAGAGUUUGUUGCACGGUAUCCAAACCAAACGUUUAGAACACCUGCAGCUGAUGUUCCAUACUAUCAAUAUUACUGUCUCGACCAACUAAUUUUUGCUGCUAUAUUAAUAAUCACUCCGAUAUUGAUGAUGAAAUAUUUCAUAUCAUUAGUAUUUUGUAGAAAACCUAAAACGAUGACACAAUCAAAAGAGAAAAAUGAGAAGAAAAAUAAAAAGAAGUCGAAAAGAGAAUAA